UAGAUGGAUAGAUAUUUUUAUUACACAAUGGAAAAGGGAAAAAAAGAUGACCACCAAUGAGAUUUAAAACCCCUCAAUCACAAUAAUUGCAUAUAUUCCACACAAAAAGCAUCAGAGUUAAUACAUAUUUAACAUAUGUUUCACUUAGUGACAAAAAAAAAACCAACAACAAUGAAAACAAGGUAAAGGUCCAUUUAAGGUGCAAUCCUCGAUCCUGCUGAAAGUUCGUUAAUAUUUGAACUCAACAGCCUCUCUGUGCUCCUGAGGCAGUGUGGCUGAUAUCUCUUACUCUGAGCCCAAUUGUUUGUUCCCCAUUUACAGAACCAGAACAGUGUAAGAACCCUGGAGGUUUUUUUUAGCACACACACACAGAACGUACAGCUAGAGAAUAGUAAGGAGAAAUUCACUGAAUUUGACAAGACGUGUAUUGGAUCAUAAUCAAGGACUGUGCCUUUAAUGACUCUGAAAAAUGUAUCCUAGGCGAAGUGAGCAAAGGCUCCUGGGUCAAAAAGAGAACUAGCAGUGGCACGUGACACUAUGCUUAACCCACAGACCCUCCCUCGGUCCACACUGGAAUCCUAUGGCAGGGGGCUACUGGCUACUGUGCAGACUAAAUCAUAUCAGCGCCCAAGUGUAGCCAGGGCACAAAACUAAAUACAGGGGCACGUUGGGUUCAGCCAUGCCAUCCUCCCCAUCUUCACAUGGGCAGUGGCAGCAACACAACACACUGCAGUGCAAUGCAGUGGGCACACCUCAGCGGUGACCUUGGCACCAGCUGGGCGGCAUGCACAUACCAGAGAGCAUGUGAAUGGGCAACUACCUCACUUUGGGAACAUGCAGUGCCAGGUAGUGGUGGUCUGUGAGCUGGGUUUUAAUUUUAGGAGGUUAAGUUGGUGUGAUGGGCUCUACCCGCUAGAGACUCUCUCUCUCUCUCUCUCUCUCUCUCUCUCUCUCUCUUUCUCUGUCUCACUUUUGCAAGGGGCUUCAGGGGCUCUGUCAGCUGCUGUGGACGUUGGCUCCCAUACAGACAAAGCUGUUCCUGUAAACAGCAUGGCGGCUGCCUGGAAAAAGAGUGCAAUCCCCAGGGACUGAGAACUAACCCAACAGACGGGCAGACAGACAGGUUGACAGACAGACAGUGAGAAAGACAGACAAAGGUAUUAGCAGAGACACUGAAAGUCCAUAAGACAAAUUCAUUUUAGGAACAGUUUAGUCCAUAGAAUUUUGCAUUAACAGUAAGUCUACAAUAUGACAAUAAGAUUACAAUUACAAUUUCAGAUGGAAAUGUUUGGAAUAUCGUGGGUAUAAGUGGGUAGGUGAAUAAUACAGUUAUAGAUUAUCAAAAUGAAUCACAGAAUAUUGAUCUCUAACAAAAAAGAUAGGCACACAAACAUAUGAGAAAGAAAAAUAGUAAAGUGGGGGCAUAGUAAAAUUGUGGCCAUGUGGAGAAGCUCUCUCUCUCUCAGGUUAUUAAUUACAGGUGAGUAGCUGAGUAAGAGGACUUGCAGAGCAGACAUGAUUGUUUGUGGAACACCGUGGAUUAUUUCUUGAGAACACUGACCACCCACCGGGUUUCCUUAUCUGUCAUCCAGAGCGGACACCUCGGGAAGGUGGUCAGAGAAAACAAGAGAAAGGCUUCCUAGGCCAUGCCAAUUGACGACUGGGUUAUCAGUACAUUUACAUACAGUUCUCACUUUAACAAGAUAAAGUUUAUCAGAAUGAGACUGUCAACCUAAUUCGUUAGAUUAAGUUGGCGUUACAUGAUGGGUACCAGAAAUGUAUUUCAGAUUAUAGCUGUCGUCUACCUCCGCCAAGGAGGUUAUGUUUUUUAGGUGAAUGGGAUCACUGAUCCUUAAGAAGAGUGUUUGCGUCCCGUACUCCGCAGGGGGCUAGCGUCGGUAGGAGCACAUGGUUAAUCGUUGGAAUCGCACCUCACCUAGCGCAGGUAUUCCACUGCUUUUUGCACGCCACGGUUGACUGACAUCUUCAGCGCAAACAUUUGUCCUAGGAUCACGCUUGCUCCUCCCCCGUGGAGCCUGGUGUGGCGAAUCAGAGUGCGCCCCGGAUUUGGAUCCCUUCCUGCUUGAAGCUGCGGAGUUAAACUUACGCAGGAACAGUGAGUGGAGAUCUUAUCCACACCGUGCCACGGCCAGAUACCCGAUCGUGCUUGGAUGGCGGGUUGAAACCCGAUCGUCUGAUGUGCAGCCCAAAACCUGGAGGAGUGACUUACCGGGACGCGUUAAAAAUGUCUUCUUCCUCAAGCGAGGUCAUUUGCGCCGAUGAAAUCAAGAGGGAAAGCACAAGGGCACUGGAGAAUCGGGGGAGUGUCAAGCUGUCAGUGCUGGACCCUGCGGAGUUGUCUAUGGAGAAUGCAACUUCGGCCGCAGCUGGCGAUGCGGUCCGAGCCGAACUUUUGGAGUGCACCCCUUCAUCCCUGGCCUUCUCUCCCGAACAGGUAGCGUGCGUCUGCGAGGCUCUGCUGCAAGGAGGAAAUGUGGACCGCCUUGCCCGGUUUCUGUGGUCACUGCCGCAGAGUGAUCUGCUGCGCGGCAACGAAAGCAUCUUGAAAGCGCAGGCGAUUGUGGCUUUCCACCAGGCUCGCUACCAGGAGCUUUACUGUAUUCUUGAGAACCACAACUUCAGUCCGUCCAACCACUCGUCGCUCCAGGACAUGUGGUACAAGGCUCGGUAUACCGAGGCGGAGAAGGCGCGAGGCAGACCGCUGGGUGCCGUGGAUAAGUACCGAUUGCGCAGGAAAUAUCCUCUACCAAGGACUAUCUGGGACGGGGAAGAAACUGUAUACUGCUUCAAAGAGAGGUCCAGGAAUGCGCUCAAGGAUAUGUACAAGCGGAACCGGUACCCGUCUCCUGCCGAGAAGAGAAACCUAGCCAAAAUCACUGGGCUUUCUUUGACACAAGUCAGCAACUGGUUCAAAAACAGGAGGCAGAGAGACAGGAAUCCAUCUGAAGCGCAGUCGAAAAGUGAGUCUGAUGGCAAUCACAGCACGGAGGACGAGUCCAGCAAAGGUCAGGAGGAUCUGUCUCCACGUCCGCUGUCAGGCAGCUCCACCGGUUCGGCUGCCCUGGGCAAUGGCCAGUCCGUAAUCUUCUCGGACGUGGGCACCACCGUCAUCCAGCAGAUCGGCGAUGUGAAGAUGGCGGGGGCAAUGGGCUUCAGCAGCGAUCUGUCCGGCGCCAACUCGCACUACAUCAACGGCGGCGGUGGCUACAUCCACCCGCACGGCAACAAUGUGCUGCUCAACGGCCUGGGCACGGGUGGGCACUUCUUAACCUUUGACUCCCAGAGGGCAACCCUGGCGCAGGAGAGGCUGCAGGGUGGCGGAGGCUCCUAUGCGCAGUUUUCUCUGGGGCUGUCUGAUGCCACGGGAGGAGCCGGGAAGCUGGAAGGGAUGCAGGCUCUAGUCUCCCACACGGAGGAUGGGGGAGCGUCGUCAGUGGUCACCUUCACGCCUUCGUCUUCCUCUUCGUCAUCCUCAUCCUCCUCUACCUCUGGACUCGCACACCUGGGCAGCUACAGUGUGGUUCACGUCCCUGGCACGGAGGCCAGCAUGAGCCUACCACCACUUCUACUUCCUCCCUCCUCCUCAGCAACCUCUCAUGGCUCAGCCCCCCUGGGUAGCGUGGUCAGCGAUACCCCCCAGCAGAGUCCCCCUGUCCUCUACACACUCACCCAGGCCGUGAAGCAGGAGCCCCUGGAGUCCGGCGCGGGACACCCCGGCGGUUACUCCUACCAGACGGACAUGUCUCUGGACCAAACUACUCACAUGGGCUACACCGCCUCGCUCUUCCUCUCCUCGUCAUCCACCUCCUCCUCUUCCUCCAUCGUCCCCGCCGCCACCACCACCGUCACCUCCGCCCUCUCGAGCGCCGAGGGCCUUGCCGGGCAACACCACUCCAUUCGCAUCCUCCACCACGCCGGGGACGUCGUUGGCAGCGGGACGACGUCCGGCCUGGUGCCCGCGGACUACAGGGACCACGGUGGCGUGUUAUCCCUCUCCGAGUCCCUGGAGGCGGCAACGGGGCCUGGAGCGGCUGGUGCGGUGAGGGCGGUGUGUGCUGAACUGGAGCUGGAGGGCAAAGAGCUGGCAAAGUUGCAAACUGUGCAGAUGGACGAGGACUGCAAUGACCUUUGACCUCUGACCCCCCCACCACGGCAACCUGUCUCUCCCUGUCUCUCUCUAAACAGUGCAGUUGGUUUAACAGAGGAGAGCCAUCGCACUCAGAGGUGAGUGUGUGUAAGGCACGGGUCUUCCAGAGUGUGUCUGUCUUCCUGUUAGAGUGUGACGCUCCUACAGCUCACGGUUUCCUGAGCGCUAAGUCCAUCUCAUCCCAACUGUAGAACGAAAUGUGAAAGAAAACGUAACGUGUAGCAAAGAAAAUAAAACAAACAAACUAACAAAAAAACACAGGACAAAACAAAACAGUGCCUUGUUGUCCGAACAAAUGUGGCCCCAGUCAUCGCAACUCAUUAGCCGACGGCUGCAGAAUGUACCAGGUGACGCUCUUGACUUUGAGAACAUUAUUUCAUGGCACAUCUUCUACACCGACAGGAGAGGCCCUGUGUGGUGGGUGAGAGGUGAGGUGAAAUCUAUGACUUGACAUCAAGCACAGUGUACAAACUUCAAAAUGUGGUACAACCUUGUGUGGCAUAAUCCUGUUGGAUCACUCUCUUUCUCACUUGUGAUAGCAGCGCAGAUAUGAUUGUUGUUUUGUUUUUGGUUGGUAUUUUUUAUUAUUCUUUGUUCUUUUAUUUUUUGGAGUGCUGACACUAAUGUGAAGACUAUGUCUUUUGUUAUUUUAAAAGCUACAAGGGCUUGUAUUUACAUUUGACUGUGACACAGGGUGAACUGACUUUACAUGCAAAUGCCUGUUUUAAAGUUUCCCAUCAAACUCAACUCAGCCCUCAAGUGUAACUGGUCUUAUGUGCCUUUGUCAUAAAGAUAGAAUCAUUAUAAGGUCAUAUUAUAGUAGUUGACAAGUCAUGGAUUUACUAUGUUGUUUUGGGCAGAAUUUCGUACCCAAAUUUAAUGAAAAUAGUCAAUGGUAGUACUUUUUAAACUGUGUGAACAAAAAGUUUUGAACAUUUCAGGUUACUAAUGUGUAAGCACAUCAAUGGUUUAUGUGCACAGAAUAGCCCGGGCCUCGUUUCCCAAUAGCGAUAAAAUGUAGUAGUUACGAGUGUUCUCUACACAAGAUUCGAACGAACGUUCGUUCAUUUUUACAAGCAUUUCCCAAACAAGCAUGUAUGUGAACGCACGUGCCCUGCUCAUAUGUAGUACUUAACGGACGCUGUCCGUGUAAACAGUGCUGAAAUAUCACUUCAUUUAGUGAUAUCAGGUGACAUCACAGCUGCCUUUUCAACUUCAUAGGACCUACAUGCUAAUUGACUUAAAGGCGAAUAACCUUAAACAUCUGCAUACCUAACUUAAGAAUACACCAUCUCCAUGUAGGCCUAUGACACACACACGUGAAUAUUUCUAAUGAAUAAAAAAUUAUGAUAUUACACUGUAUUCAGAUUUGUUCGUGGCAUAACGUGUCAACAUAUUUGGCCUACUCAAGAUAUCCAUUUUCAUAUCCAUCUGUUUUUCUCUCUGAUGGAACUUCGUUCCCCAAUCUCGUCUUUCGCACCAACAUGUGAGCUAGGCCUAAGGCCGACUUAAUGUAGGUUACAAUUUGCCCCCCUGAUAAAAAAAAGAUAUAAAAAAAGAUAAACUUAGACAAAUGGAAUUAGUAGCGACUCUACCAAUGUCUCAUUUAAUAACUUUGACAAUAAUGUGUCCAUACUUUAAUCAUAUUUCUAUGAGCUUACAUUUUUCAUAAAAAAAAAGCUCAAAGCUGAUUGACUACAAUAAAAUCUAAUAAUGGACUGGAACAUACUGUUGAAAUAACUAUUGAUAAAUAUAUUGUUAGCUGUAAUUACCAUGUACGUCCUGCUGGUGACCCCAGCGAGAAGUCCCUGUUAAGAAGCUCUUAGCCGUCUACGACUGUUUAGGAGCCCAUGCAAAUGUUUGUGCGUUUUCUACUUAGGUUACUAUACGUUUGGGAAGCACUGUGAAAAUGUAAGAUGAUUCGGAAAAGGGACUCUACGAACUACUUAGGCUUGCAAUGCUUUUGGGAAACGAGGCCCUGAUUGUCUGUUAUUGACUUUUACAGGCAUAAUGUUAGCAACAUGACAGUAUGCAAUAUAUAUGCAAUUCUUAUCAAGCUACCACAGAUUCGUCCAAAUAUCUUGUACCAAAAACGGGCUGGAAAAAUUCAUCAAUGGAAUUUUUUUUAAAGAGAAAAAAAGGCUUGAAAUAUGAGUUCAAUGUUUAGAAACGAUAAGAGCGUAUUUUUCUAAACCAUCACCCCCAUUAAAUCUUUAUAUUUGUACAGACAAAAUGAAUGAGUCUCCUGGAUUUUCUAACUCGACCGUUGCACUCAGACUCUGCACAGCACG